AUGGUGAUUGUCUGCGUUUACCGCUAUGCGCAUUGUUCCCUGACACUGUUCGUGAAGGGCCUUACCGUCCGAAUCAGUCCUUCGGAGCUCCAUAUCGAUGACCCUGAGUAUUAUGAAGUCCUCUACUCGUACAGCCAACCCCGCAACAAAUACAAGUUCUAUGCGAACAUGUUCGGCAAUCCGAAGGCGGCCAUCGCGAUACUGGAUCAUUCCCACCAUCGCCUCCUACGAUCCAACAUGAACCCAUAUAUCUCCAUGCAGCGAAUACGCUCGCUUGAACCCGAAAUCCAAGCUCUGGUCAACAAAUUGUGCCAGAGACUUGACGAGUUCAAGAAUACAGGAGUGCCGCUAACACUCCAGCAUGCGUAUACCUGCUUCACCACCGAUGUCGUUUCCGAUUACACCAUGGGCACUGGUUUCCACUACCUGGACGAGCCAGAUUUCAUUCCGGACUGGAGCGACACUUUAAGUGGUAUUGCACAAGGCAGUGCCUGGUUUAAACCUGUGCUUUGGCUUCUGACGCUGCUGAAGGCCCUGCCGCAAGGUUUUGUGAAGAUACCCAAUCCAGGCAUGGGCCUGAUGUUUUCGUUCCAGGACUGCUGCAGAGUGCUCAUCAACUCGGUCACCGAAAGCCGGAGAACCGGAGAAGAGAAGCGGCAAUACAAGCAUCCUACCUUCUUCCACGACGUGUCAGCGAGCGAUCUUCCUCCGGAAGAGCAGAGUGCCGAGGGACUAGCACAGGAGAUACAAGUCGUGAUCGGUGCGGGAGCAGAAACUGUCGCGAAGAUGCCAAGCUGGACGACGUAUUAUCUGCUCGAGAACUCCGAGAAGCUGAAAAGGCUACAGGAAGAGCUAGAUCGUCUCGACCCAGACCGAAAUGUCACGUUGGUGGAUUUUGAGAAAUUGCCCUACUAA